GAGAUUCUCCUCUCUCUGAUGAAGUUUCCGUUUUGUUUUUUUUUUUUGCGUUUUUUUCAUCAGAUAAAUGUGUGGUUCUCAUGAGAAUGAUCUGUGAGAGAAAUCUUCAUUUUAGGGCAGAAUCAGGGUCAUAAGACAGCAGAUUUUUGUUCGAUUCCUACUGAUGGUUUCUCGGCUUGAUUAUGAUAUCCUUUUGAUUGGUUAAAAUUCGGCAUAAAUGCACGUGGAAAAAGAUUGAAUAUGAGCUCCUCGGCGAAUGGAUUAACAAGGGAUCAGUAUUUCCUGUUAAAUUUCAUCAUGAGUAACUACUUGGGGCCGGAUCUUUAUUCCGAAAACCCGAGAUGUUCGGCGUCUCAUAGGUUAGCGAGAAUUAUGCCGCCUUACACUUUGAAGCACCUCGGAUCUUCGUUUCUCAGUGUUUCGCAGCUAGAGAGCUUGUACUAUUAUGUACUGAGAUAUGCCGAGUCUAACCUCAUUGUUGAGGUAGACACGUUUUAUACGUAUCUGAAGGGUGAUCUGGCCGGGGGGUUUCGACAGUUCACGUCUUUUUUCCCGUUGAACGUUCAUGAACAUAAAAGGUACUCCUUUGCUCAUGAGAUUGUGAAGGGGAUUGUUCUUAUUGAUGACCCCGCAGUAUCGUGCAUAAGCAAGGAAGAUCUCAAAAGAUUCAGAUGUUUAUCACGGUUGAAUGACGUGAAAAUAGACAGAGUGUUGUCGUUGUCUUAUCGACGUGGGCAGGAUGGAAGCUGGGGAGAAGAGCAGAAUCUCUCAAGAAACAAGGAAUUGACGAUAUCUGACCAAAACCCUUAUUCAUCUGCCGAGCUUCAAGAAAGCUGCAAUGGCAGAAACUUAGAAACGGGUGGAGGCAACGCUGCUUGUGGAACCCGUAGAACCUCGGAAAGGUUUCUGGAGACAUACAAGAGGAGACGACGGAACAGGGCUUCACCAAAGGCUGCAACUUCCGCAAAAGAGAACGGGAACGUACCGAUCGAAAGAGACAAGACAGAUCAGCCUGUCAUUCCACCGGAUGAACCCAUUUCAGAUGCAUCGAUCAGAUUGAUUGGAACCGCGACUAAAGGAAUUCUCGGGCCAACGGUUGGCGUCGUUGACAUCGGCAUCAAUAAAGUCGCUUAUUUUUUCCGGGUUUCCUUACCGGGUCUCUGCAAAGAUCACUGUGAAUUCAGUUGCGAGGUCGAAUCGGAUGGGAAGGUUAUCCUCCAGGGCUCGAUGGGUGGCGGGAUAACGAUCAAGAAACAGUCUCGGGUUUUCGAGAUAAAGAUGAGGCAGCUAUGCCCGCCGGGACCGUUCACUCUGUCGUUCACUCUUCCCGGACCAGUUGAUCCUCGGCUCUUGUCUCUUAACUUCCGAUCAGACGGUAUCUUUGAGGCUGUCAUCAUCAGACACGAACCUUGAACUAACUAACCAGUUGGUUCCGACAAGUCAGGAACUCAUGGUCUCAUGUGAUAAAAAUCAAUGCAUUAAAGACUAACGGAAGUGAUUAAAACACAAUGAUCUAUCUCUGUCCUAGUUUUUGCAUUGCCAUAGUUUAAGUGUCUUGUUUGUUUUGUCUA